AUGGGCAGCGCUCUUGCAGCAGGGUGGCUGCGCGGGCCGCUCGAAGCCGCGCAGCUCGCCAUCGUCGAGCCGGACGACGGCACGGCUCAGCGUCUGGCGCCGCUCGGCGCGACAUGCGUUCCGGCGCCCGCCGCGCUUCCCGGCACGCUGCGCCCGGCGGCGAUCGUCUACGCCGUCAAGCCACAGGUGAUGGCCGAGGUCGUGCCCCCUUAUGCCGACAUCGGGGGACCGGACACCGUGCACCUCUCGAUCGCCGCCGGCUGGCCCGUACGCUUGCUGGAGCGCGAUCUGGGUGCUGUGCCGAUCGUCCGCGCCAUGCCCAACACGCCCGCCGCCAUCGGCGAGGGCAUGACCGUCGCCUGGGCCAACCGGGCCGCCAACCGCGAUCAGCAAGCGCUCUGCGAGGCGCUGUUGCGGGCGGUGGGCGCGGUCGCCUGGAUCGACGACGAGGCCCUCAUGGACGCGGUGACGGCCGUCUCCGGCAGCGGCCCGGCUUACGUCUUUCUGCUCGCCGAAUGCCUGGCCGAAGCCGCCGUCGAUGCCGGACUGCCCGCCGACCUGGCCCGCACGCUGGCCGACCGCACGGUGAGCGGCGCAGGCGCGCUGCUGGCCCAAUCCGAAGAGGACGCCGCCACGCUCCGCCGCAACGUGACCAGCCCGGGCGGCACGACCGAAGCCGCGCUCUCGGUCCUGAUGGCGACGGACGGGCUCGCCCCACUGAUGAGCCGCGCGGUUCGCGCCGCCGCCGAGCGCUCCCGCGCCCUCGCCCCGUCUAGCCGCACCCGCGGCUGA